UUCUAUUUUGUACAUACCUUGUUUUGUAUAUACUGUAUAUGAUGACUUCGGUGGGCAGUGAACGUACCCGGGGCACUCGGGACAAGACGCAGAUUUCAACCACACAGCCAACACAACCACAGAAACAAGUAGUACAGGCAACAGCGGAACAGAUUCGCCUUGCUCAGAUGAUCUAUGAUAAGAACGAUGCAGAUUUUGAAGAUAAAGUGAAACAACUGAUGGAAGUGACGGGGAAGAACCAGGAUGAGUGCAUAGUGGCACUACAUGAUUGUAAUGGGGAUGUGAACAGAGCAAUCAACAUCUUGCUGGAAGGAAGCUCAGACACAACUUCCUGGGAGACCGUCGGGGGCAAGAAGAAAAGCCUUGGAAAGGAAAGUUCAGAAAACAAAGAAAACAGAGAAAAACGUGGGGACAGAGAAGUGAGCCGUGGACGGGGAAGCUCCAACAGGCGAGGAAGAGGCGGCAGCCGUGGCCGAGAGUUUAGAGCAGAAGAGAAUGGAGUGGACAACAGUCAAGGAGACAGGCCUUCGGACCGUGGCAAGCGCGGCCGUGGGAGAGGGUUUGGACGUGGCAGAGGGAGAGGAGCAGGAAGGUUUUCAGCCCAAGGCAUGGGGACAUUUAACCCUGCAGAUUACACAGAGUCUUCUGCUACUGAUGGUUUUGGAACAAAACCAGAGAUUUGGGAGACUGGUCAGAAUGAUGCAGAUGAUGGAACUGGAGCAUGGAAGAACUCAAUAGAAGAAUGGACAGCAGAAGACUGGAAUGAAGAUCUUUCUGAAACCAAGGUUUUCACUGCUUCUUCUGUUCCAGCUGAAAACCAUGUCGCUCCUGGGCAGAGCAUCGAUCUGGUAACAUUGCUUCAGAAGCCUGUGACUUCCGGCCAAGAAACAGAAGGCAACUCCUUUGAGUCUCCCCAACAGCAGACUUUUGGCCAAGCCUUAGUCUUCACGAAUUCCCAACAUAACACCCAGAUGGCAUCAGGAACUGCAAGUUCCAGUGCUGUAAACUCCUAUACAGCUCCGAGUCUGUCUUCAGUUCUCUGUUCUGCAUUUGGAGAACUUGCAUCAUCUAAAUUGGCAAACUCCACUGGAUCUCAGAUCUUGGACCAAUUGAAAUCUCCAGGUUUGGGUCAGUUUACCUCUCAGCAAAAUAGCAGCAGCUCCACUACCACCACCACCACCACCACUACCACCACAUCAUCCUGGGAUCUAAAGCCCCCUAUCACCCAAUCUUCUGUCCUCAGUCAGUUUGACUUUAAAUCCCAGCCUGAACCGUCCCCAGUUCUGAGCCAGCUGAGCCAGCGACAGCAACAGCAGACGCAAUCAGUCCCUGUUCCUCCUCCUGGGUUGGAGUCCUUUUCCUCCCAGGUAAAGCUCCGAGAGCCAUCGCCAGUAGACGGCUCUACCGCUGUUAGCAAAAUUCUGCAGCUCCCCAGCAUGUCUGUGGAUAACCAGGCAGUGUCAGCCCAUCAGACGCAGCAGAAACAGAUCAAACCACCGAAACGGAGGAUACCCCCCGCUUCUAAGAUUCCUGCCUCUGCAGUGGAAAUGCCUGGAUCAGCUGAUGUGACAGGGUUAAAUGUUCAGUUUGGAGCCCUGGAGUUUGGGUCAGAGCCUGCACUCCCAGAAUUUGGAUCGGCUCCAAGCAAUGAAAAUACCAGCCAGGCGCCCACCAGUAGCUUGUACUCCAAACCUGUAAAUGAUCCUUUGAAUACCUCUUUGCCAAUAUCCAAUACAGUACAGGAGUCCACCUAUACAACCUCUGCCAUCACCUCUUCCAGUCUGACCUGCUCAUCUCAGAGCACUAGCCCAGUAACAACUUCCUCCUAUGACCAGACAGCUGUGCAUAGCAGGAUAGCAUACCAAAGUUCCAUGGCUCCAUCAGAAACAACCCCUGUCGCAGCCACGAAUGGGCACAGUGGUGUUCGAACACAGCCAACACUUGACACUACUUCAUCAGUUCCAGCGUCUAAGACAGAGCCCUCACCCUCGCUGCCUACUGCAGGGUCUCUUCCCAGCGUGGCAUCCACCACUGCUUCGCUUCUGCCUUCAGCACCACAGCACACGGCAACAUUACCCAGCUUGCCCCAGUCCAGCGACUUGGCCAGCAGCUCGCUCUCCCAGUUAAGCAGUUCCCUCUCCAAUCAUCAGAGCAGCCUCUCCUCUGCCUCAGCAUUGUCUUCGAGUACAUCACAUGCACAUACUAGUGUUGAGAACACAACUUCGCUCCAACCCUCAACAACAUUUUCAACUGCUUCAACCUCAGCCACUAGCACCACCUCCUCGGUUGUCAGCAUGGCAAGCAGUAUGAACACUACAAACAGCCUUGGCCUGAGCGUUACCAGUGUGUCUAUGCCAGCUGCUACGACGCGGGCAGCCCCUUUAGUGUCUUCAGGCAAAGCUCCCCCCAACCUGCCCCAAGGUGUACCACCCUUGUUGCAUAACCAGUAUAUUGUGGGACCUGGAGGACUCCUGCCCGCCUACCCAAUUUAUGGUUAUGAUGAUCUCCAGAUGCUACAAUCCAGGCUGCCAAUGGAUUAUUAUGGAAUUACAUUCCCUGCUCCUGCAACCUUGACAGGCAGAGAUGGGAGCCUUGCUAACAACCCAUACUCAGGUGACGUAACAAAAUUUGGCCGCGGGGAUUCUGCCUCCCCUGCUCCAGCGACCACCCUGGCCCAGCCGCAGCAGAACCAGACGCAGACUCACCACACGACUCAGCAGCCCUUCCUCAACCCGACGCUGCCCCCGGGGUACAGCUACACUGGGUUACCCUAUUACGCCGGCGUGCCCGGAGUCCCCAGCGCAUUCCAGUAUGGACCCACCAUGUUUGUACCUCCAGCAUCAGCUAAGCAGCAUGGCGUCAGUCUGAACACUGCUUCCACCCCCUUUCAGCAGGCGAGUGGUUACGGACAGCAUGGUUAUGGAGCAGGCUAUGAUGACUUAACACAGGGAACGGCAGCUGGAGAUUACAGCAAAGGAGGCUACAGUGGGUCAUCUCAAGCACAAAACAAAUCUGCUGGCACUGGACCUGGGAAAGGUGUUUCUGUGACCUCAAGUAACACAGGUGUGCCUGAUAUCAGUGGCUCAGUCUAUAACAAGACCCAGACGUUUGACAAGCAGGGAUUCCACCCCGGCACCCCGCCGCCCUUCAACCUGCCGUCUGCUCUCGGAUCCACCGGGCCCCUGAACCCUGGCGCGGCCCCCGGCUACGCGCCAGCCCCCUUCCUCCAUAUCCUACCUGCACAUCAGCAGCCUCACUCCCAGAUGCUGCACCACCACCUUCAGCAAGACGGGCAGGGCGGAUCUGGCCAGCGCAAUCAGCCAAGCACCAUGCAGCAAAAGUCUCAGGCUACCAAAACCGCCUACGGCACUUCUCCGUACUGGACAAACUAGACCGGGACCGGGGAGGGGGGAGACGGAAAGGAAAACCCUAACUAAGAUGAGCCGAUGCCCAUUCCUGGAACUAUUAGGAGAACAAGUAACUGCUCAGCCAAACGUCUGCGCGGGGAGCCCUGCAGCCAGCCACCUCCCUUCCCUGCGACUCUCUUGCUUCCUCUUUGAGUUGCUGUUGUAUGUAAUAUAUUUAUGUAUGUAUUUGUAAAUGUAAUAGAGCCUAAAUGUGGUUUUCUGCAUCUUGCAGCCUGUUUUAUUUUCUUUGUAGGGCAAACUAAUCCCUCACUUCCAUCUGCACCAGGGCAUCUUGCAUCGGGGUUGGUCUCUCUCAUGUUUUCUUUCCUGUUGUCGGUUUGUUUUCCCAGCGCUCUGGGCUUUCUGCCGACAGACGGACAAACUGUGCCAUUGCAGCUGGAGCCGCAGCGCAGCUUAGUUCGGGCGCGUGGGAAGGCCUGGCCCUAGUGAAGAGUGGAGGUUGGCCCCUCGGUUCGAGUCUUUCCUUUCCACAAAUAGCUGUUACUAUUUUUUUUUCCCCUUAAACAAAGAGCGUGUUUCCUGGGCCUUCCUCCUCCGGUCUCCCUGCACCCGGGCCCCGUCUGGUGCCGGAAGAUGAACUCGCGGGCAGUUUUGUUACGUAGCCGUGAGCUGCAGCAGCAUCACCUUUUUUCUUUUACAAUUUUUAAAUAAAUAAAGAAAAGUCGACAGGUUAUUUUUUUUUUUUUUUAAUUUUUUUUUUGGUUCUCUAGCAAGAGGCGGCGGCGGCUGCGGCUCCGCAGGGGUCGAGGCAAAAACGAUGUAAUGGUUUCUUAAAUAAAAGUCUCAGCUGUGUCUCAUCCCUCUUCUUGCCCGGGGCAGCCAGAGCUGUGGACAGACCCUGCUCCUUUUCUUUUUUUUCCCUUAAGAAGAAAGGGCGGUGGAGGUGGCCCCGGCCCAGCCUGGCCCGUCCUGCGCCCGAGCAGUGAAUGUUUUAGACGUUUCAUUUCCUUUUAGCCCUUCCUCCACCUACUAAUAAAGAUUUGAGCGCA